AUAGAUCGUUUGAUUUAACUUGUGCAACAAAGGUUGGAUUGGCUUCUCUUCUCUCUCUCUCUCUCCACUGGGCAAGUGGCAACGUCGACGGAGCUGACCUACUACAGCAAUUAGGGUUUUUUCGCUUCAUUUCAUCUUCUGAUGCACAACACAGAAUUAGGGUUUGAUCUCUGUGAUGCAGCAUGAACAAAGGGUUUCCAAUCUCCGGAUUGUAGCCAAUCCGGUGGUGUGGCCACAAUGUCAGCCGCUUCGCUCUCUCUUCGCUCCUCCCUUCUCUCUCCUCCCAUUUCCAGGUCCAAACUCUCCACAACCUCACUCCCACUCAAUCGGCCUCCACGCCUCCUCAAUUUUCUUCCCAAGUCUUCCAAAACCAAAUGGAAAUUUUCAUGCUUUAGGCACGAGGAAACUUCUUCAGAGUUUCUCGAGGCCAAGAAUGAAGAGGAUAAAUUGCCGGAACUACUGGUGAAUCCUGAGUUCGAUCAAUCACGAGCUGAAAAUGAGGAUUGGGUUUCAACUCUUAGGAAGGCUGCAGAUGCAGUUUUUAGUGCAGAACCUUGGACAGUGCCAUGGACAGCAAAGACCAUUCUGCAGGUAAUGCUCCUCUGGAUUGCCUCCUUCUGGUCAGUAGGAUCUUGGAUAAUUCCAUUCUUGGCCCAGACAGCAGGCUUCCGAAAGGAAUCCUUGUCAUAUAGAGGGCAAGCUUUAUACAGCCUUUUGACAGACGUGGCUGAAGGUCUUGCUGGGAUUGCUAUUCUCCACCGCUGCCUUGCAAGGUUCUGUCCCCUACCAUCCGACUGGUUCAGGUUUAGCCUUGAAGGGAAUUGGCAUUUUGAUGUUGGUUUGGGCUGCCUCAUGUUUCCCUUCGUCAACCGGCUGUCACAGGUCAAUCUAAAUUUGUUGCCAGUUCUUCCCUCUACCCCUGUCACUGUCUCGAGUGUCGAGCAAUCAAUUGUUGCACGUGAUCCAGUGGCGAUGGCCCUCUAUGCCAUUGUAGUGUCAGUUUGUGCCCCAAUUUGGGAGGAGAUUGUCUUCCGUGGGUUUCUUCUCCCUUCUCUGACCAGGUACAUGCCCAUAUGGUGCUCAAUUCUUGUGAGUUCAGUAGCUUUUGCCUUGGCACAUUUCAAUUUGCAGAGGAUGUUGCCACUUGUAUUCCUUGGGGUGGUGAUGGGUGCUGUUUUUUCUCGGUCAAGGAACCUUUUGGCAUCCAUGCUCUUGCAUAGCCUCUGGAAUGCCUUUGUAUUCCUGGAUCUUAUGAAAUGAUAUUCUUGUUAUGUAUUUUUAUAUUUAUUAAUCAGGUCUAUUUGUCAUUUCUUCUCUUGAUGUGUAUAAUUGUAGUGUCAGUUUAUAGAAUAGACAUUCCCCAUUCCAUUCAUGCAACUUGAAACUUGUAUGUGUAGACAUUGAUGAACUUUGAAAACCAUCUGAAUAACCAUCUCCAGUUUGUUUGUUACCAA